AUUAUUUUCCGGAAUCGGUUUUCCACUUCAAAUUUAGUCUGAACUUUGCACAUGGUUUGGGAAGAAAUAUAAAAUUCAAAACAUGACAGCUAAUAUAAAAGUGGCUCAAUCAAGAUUUGCGUUGUUAAAGGUAGAAGACGACGAUGACGAUGAGGGAGAAACAAAAACAUCACAGGGAGGGAAAAACAACCAACAACAAUCAAAGAACAAGAACAAGAAAAGAAAAAAGAAGACAACACAAGAUGAUGAGUUAAAGAACAUGGCGUUUGGCCUGAGUGGAUCUGGAAAUAGCAGACCACAGUCGUCCCAGAGCACUACUAACAGUGUCAAAAGCAGCAAGGGAGGCAAGAAAAAUAAGGAGAUCAAACCAGAACAAUGGGAGGAAUGGAAAAAAGUGGAUGACCAACUAACAGCAGGGUUUUAUGAAAAAGAUUUACAACAGGCCUUACUUCUCAGCAAGAUGGAAUUCGAACAAAAUAAAACUCAUAAAGGUGAUUCCAAAGCAGUGGGUAAAAGUACUGAUCAACCACCAGAAGGAAAGGAUGGGAAGAAGAAAUCAAAGAAAGACAAGCCCUUAACAAUGAGUCUAGAUGAGUUCAACUCUAGUAGCCAGGCAAAGACAUUCGCUGAUGAAUUAGAAGACCUUCCCAAUUUAUCUCCGGCCUGUCAUAAAGUGGAAACACCGGAUGCUGCACCAUCAAAUGUCAAGUUUUUUGACACAGUAGAUGAUGAUGUUCAUAGAAUUUUACAGAAAGAAAAAAUGCAAGAAGAAUAUCAAAAGCAAUAUGCAGUAGAAAGUGUGAUGUCCAACAAAUACAAAAGUGAACUAAGUAAAAAAGAUAAAGAAAUAGAAUUUUUGAGAGCAACAGCAGAAAAACUAGAGACUGAACUUAAGCAAGUAAAGAAGAGAAACAAGCAGUUAUGUGUGAUAUUAGCUCAGGGAGAAAUGAAAGACAAGGCAGAGGUACUGAUGCAGGUGAACCAGUUAGGAGAGGUAAGGGACGAGCUGACAGAACAGGUCACAAGUCUUACCGCCGAGCUGGAGAAGGAGAGGUCCAAGGUGCAUGCACUCAAAGCUGAUAUUGAAAAACAAAAGGGUGGAAAGCAUACUGGUAAAUGAAGUCUCCUUGCUAAGAGAAGCAUUCUUGGGUGCUGAAGUUGGUAAAUGUGCAGUGCCUGUUGUUCUUAAAAGUCUAUCAACAACAAGAGGAAGUCUGAAGUGGAUUCUGUUUCAUGACAGCCCUGCAUUGAAGGAUACAUUUAACGUCAUAGUGCCUGUGUACUACAUUGUAUGAUUGUGUCUGAACAAACCAGAAAACAAGUUACCACGGAUAGAAUGCUCUUGAAAUAGUUCAUGUGAAAGAUAUUUCCGUAUAUGAGUCUAAAAUUUAGUUAUAGUGUUUCAGUUCUUGUACUAGAAAUUUCCACAGAAUAGAGUUUUAUGUGUACAACAUUAGUCUGAAUAUAUUAUCAGAAAGGUGAGGUACUGAAUGGAAUCAAGACCUCUGAAACAGUCAAUGUUUAGGUCAUAUCUGGGAUUCCAAACUAAGGAUAUUAUAGUUCAAUAAUUUUAAUAAGGAACUGUUAUUCAUUAAAAGUUACUUCUAAUGAAGAACCUUUGUAUAUUACAGUCUUUGAGAAGAUGAAAGUGAUCUUAGUUUAUUCACGGUGCCAAGUUUUAUAAUAGAAGAUAAAAGCAUAUUGAUUCCAGACAACUCUCACCAAGAUUGUUAUAAACUGGUAUUUGCUGGAACAGAUGUUCAUUGUGGGAUCAAUUUUAUUUUGAUAUUUUUCAAUAUUGUACUGAAUUUGUUUCCGUCUCUUAAUUCUGGUUAUAGUACAGUUUCUGUAACUUUGAAUUUUCAUAUCAGUGAUUCAGUUUUGGUAGCCAUGAUUUUAAAUUGUUAAGUUUAUAAGUUGGUUCGAUAAACCACUGCAUUUCCUAAAACUGAUUUAUCUUAACCCGUUAAAAGUGCUUGAACUAUAUAUAUUUUAGUUGUUUUUCUGGUCACAGAAUCUGCCCAAUAAUUUGCAGACACUAAAGAUUAUUGGUAAGAUAUGAAUGUCAUACAUUCCUGUUUUGCAGUAGCAAUUGAAGAGUGAACAAAAGUGGAAACAUAAAUAGUAUUACAGCAAAUCGUCUAUGUAUAACUGCGACUUCCUCUCCUGUAUCAUACAUUGUCAAGAUCAGGCCUAUAAGUCCUUUUCUUGAAACUUAAAAAAUACAUUAAACUACAUUUCAUUAACAUUUCAUUGGAGAAAAGGUUAGUGGAUGAUAUCUUAAAGCCAAAAGGUUUUGUAGGUUUAAAUCUUGUUUAAGGAAAAGUCAUAAAUAAAAAAAUUAUGUUUUUUGAAUUCA